UCUCGGGACUUCCCAAGUUUUCCGCAACAAGAAAAAAGAAGCAAGCGCAGGGUUUCCGAGAUAUCGCAAGUAAUCCUUUUAUUUACAGUUGCGGAAAUGAUUUGCACACUGAACCCGAACGGCGCAGAGAGCUUUCACUAACAGUAUGCGACUUCCUGGCAGAUGCACUUUGAAGUACGUCGCUGCUUCUCUCGGUCGUCGUGGCGUCUUCGCAUCCCGCCUCAAUGUUUUGCGCCGAAACAGCUGGAACGCCGCGGAGUUCAUGCCGGAGGCGGCGGGCUUCGAGGGAGUGUCGGGCCGGGACGAGCUGCAGGAGUACUCGGUCUCCAACAGCGAGAGCUUCUGGGCCGCUGUGGCCCACCAGAGGCUGAGCUGGAUCCGACCGUUCCGCACCGUGCAGGACUGCGACCUGAGCCGGGGGAGGAUCAAGUGGUUCGAGGGAGGGAAGCUGAACGUAUCCGUGAACUGUUUGGAUCGCCACGUGCACACCUGUCCAGAUAGGGUGGCCCUGAUCUGGGAGAAGGAUGAGAAGGGGUCAGAGGUCAGGUACACCUACAGAGAGUUACUGGAGAUGACCUGUCGUGUUGGGAAUCUGUUGCGGCGACACGGUGUGACGAAGGGGGACUGUGUCACCAUCUACAUGCCCACCUGCCCUCUGGCUGUGGCGUCCAUGUUGGCCUGUGCACGAAUCGGUGCCGUUCACAAUGUGGUGUUCGCAGGCUUCAGUGCAGAAGCGCUGGCGGAGCGAAUAAGGGAUGCCGAGUCCAGCACCGUCAUCACUGUGAACCAGGGACUUAGGGGGGGAAAAGUCACCGAGCUGAAGAAGACGGUGGACACAGCCGUGCAGAGCUGUCCGACAGUACGGCAGGUGUUUGUUGCCACGAGAACAGAUAAUCCAGUCACCAUGGGAGCCAAGGAUGUCGCCAUGGAGGAGGAGAUGCUAAAGGAGGACGUGGUGUGUGAACCUGCAGCUAUGGACAGUGAGGACAUCUUGUUUCUGCUUUACACAUCGGGCAGCACGGGGAAGCCCAAAGGUCUCGUUCACACACACGCCGGAUACCUGCUGUAUGCUGCUCUCACACACAAGUACGUCUUCAGUUACCAAGACGGUGACGUGUUUGGCUGUGUGGCAGACAUCGGCUGGAUAACCGGACACAGUUACACCGUCUACGGACCCCUGGUCAAUGGAGGAACCACUGUUCUGUUUGAGAGCACUCCAGUUUACCCCGACCCAGGGAGAUACUGGGACAUGGUUGAGAGGCUUAAGAUCAACCAGUUCUACGGAGCUCCCACGGCAAUCCGCCUGCUCAUCAAGUACGGAGACCAAUGGGUGAAGAAGUACGACCGCUCCACCCUCAAAACCCUUGGCUCUGUUGGGGAGCCGAUCAACACAGAAGCGUGGGAGUGGUACCACAGGGUGGUGGGGGACGGACGCUGUCCUGUCGUGGACACCUGGUGGCAAACUGAAACGGGUGGCAUUUGCAUCGCCCCAAAGCCAUCAGAUCCAGAUGCAGCAAUUGUCCCGGGGAUGGCCAUGAGACCCUUCUUUGGUAUCAAGCCGGUGCUCGUAGAUACCGAGGGUAAAGUCUUGACUUCUAACAACACAUCUGGAGCUCUGUGCAUGGCUCAGCCUUGGCCCGGUAUGGCCAGGUCCAUUCACAACAACCACCAGCGGUUCCUCGAGACAUACUGCCAACCGUAUCCAGGAUUUUUCUUCACUGGUGACGGCGCCUUUCGUUCUGAGGACGGGUACUAUCAGAUAACAGGACGCCUCGAUGAUGUCAUCAACGUGAGUGGACACAGGAUAGGGACAGCGGAGAUUGAAGAUGUAGUGAAUCAGUGUUCUUUGGUGGCUGAGUCCGCCGUCAUCGGAUACUCUCAUAACAUCAAAGGACAAGGUGUGUAUGCCUUCGUGGUGCUCAAAAAGGGCGUGGAGGUUCAGGAGGCAGAUUUGGUCAAACAGCUCAGCAACAUUGUGUCUGAAAAAAUCGCCAAGUACGCGUCUCCGGACUUCAUUCAGAUUGUGAAACGCCUUCCGAAGACGCGCUCGGGGAAGAUCAUGCGCAGGGUGCUGAGGAAAGUUGUGGAGUGCGACCUGGAAGGUUUGGGAGACCUCAGCACUCUGGAUGAUCCCGCUGCCGUUCAGGAGAUUCUUGAAGGACACGAAAAGCUCCUGAGUAAAAGAUGAGUUUGGGAACAAACGUGGGUAAAAACAUUCCAGUUUAAAAUAUAAAUCUAAUUUGUGCCUUAAAAGGAGAUUUGGAUGACCAAACAUAGAUUUUAUCAUAUUUAUGAUUGUUUUAUGAAAUGAAGUAAUCAGCUCGUUAGACUGUAAAACACUUUAAAGUUGUAUUUCCCAUUAGAUCAUUGCAUUUUUUUUUAUCAGAAUUUGCUCAAACAGCUGCAAUAACACCACACUGUGCAAAAAAGAAAAUUUCAAAAUAAAGGACUUUUUAAAAGUA